CACCUUAGGAAAAAAACAGAAAAGAAGAGGAGAGGGAAAGACCUGAAGAGCAGAAAAGAUGACGCACAGGACCACAUCUUGUACAAAAAGUAAAGGACUUUCAUUUCUUUCCUAGUCUGCAACCUCUCGUAGCAUCCAAAACCGUCACGCAAUCUCAACCCCAAACCGUAGUUUCUGAAAAGAGAAUUUGAUCUGAGAAUAGCAGUGAACUGAAUAGCAAUGGGAAGAGAAGAAGAAAUCCCAACCUCAUCCUGCAAAGACAUUCCCAAUCUCCUAUCAUCAUUUGUUGACACCUUCGUGGAUUUCUCAGUUAGCGGUCUCUUCCUUCCUCCGCCGCCGCCAUCUCCUCCGCCUCUCCCAACUCGCCUUCCCUCGCCACCACGCCUGGUCGCCAUUGGCGACCUCCACGGCGACCUCGAGAAGUCCAAGCAGGCCUUGCGCCUCGCGGGCCUCAUCGACACGGACGAUGUCUACAUCGGCGGCUCCGCGACUGUGGUGCAGGUCGGGGACGUCUUGGACCGCGGUGGCGAUGAGCUGAAGAUAUUCUACUUCCUCGAGAAGCUAAAGCGUGAAGCGGCGCGGAGCGGAGGCAGAAUCAUCACCAUGCACGGCAAUCACGAAAUCAUGAACGUUGAGGGCGAUUUCCGCUUCGCAACAGAAUCCGGCAUCGAGGAAUUUAGGGUUUGGUGGGAGUGGUUCCAAGUUGGGAACAAAAUCAAGAGCCUUUGCCACGGUUUGGAAAAACCGAACGACCCAAUGAGAGGCGUUCCCUCGUCGUUCCGCGGAGUGAGGAAAGAGUUCCAUGAUGGGUUUCGGGCCCGGGUCGCGGCUAUGCGGCCCAAUGGCCCAAUUGCAAAUAGGUUUCUGUCUGAGAACGUCACCGUUUUGGUCGUUGGGGAUUCUAUUUUCGUGCACGGUGGGUUGUUGACCGAACACACUUCUUACGGUUUGGAGAAGAUUAACGAGGAGGUUCGCGAUUGGGUUAAAGGGUUGACCGGUCACUUUGCGCCCGGGUAUUGUCGGGCCGCAGAUAGUGUUCUAUGGUUGAGGAAAUUCUCGCGUAGCAAGGUGGAGCAAUGUGAUUGUACCACCCUUGAACAUGUUUUGGCCACGGUUCCUGGUGUUAAGAGGAUGGUAAUGGGGCACAGUAUUCAGAGGGUUGGAAUUAAUGGCACCUGCGACGACAAGGCAAUUCGAAUCGAUGUGGGUUUGUCGAAGGGGUGUGGUGACGGUUUGCCGGAGGUUUUGGAGAUUACUGGAAAUUCCGGGUUAAGGAUAUUAACGGCGAAUCCCUUAUAUCAGAAAAAGGCUACGGUGGAUGUUGGAAAGGAACCAGGGCUCGGAAUGUUGCUUGGGGAACAGGGUGGACCUAAGCAAGUCGAAGUCCAGGCUUAAAGAAUGAUAGUGGAUUGCCUAUACCAUCAUUGAUUAUCAUCUUGGUGCAAGGGUAAAGUUUGGGUCUUGGUCACCCCAAACAACACUUCUUUUUGCAAAGUACAGAAAUAAGAAAGAAAUGUCACGGUACAAAAGGAAAGUGUGGUUUCUUCAGAAAAGGAAAGUUCUUAUCAAUAUAGUCUUCUAGUUACCCACCCAGUUGUUAAAAUCAUAAGGGCAAUAGGAUCAGGAGUGCUUAGGGAAAUGAGGUGUUACUUUGUUUGUCUGGAAAACUUGACCAAUCAUCAUAAACUGUUCUUACAAGCUACCAAUGUCUCCAAAUGUUAGUGCAGAAAGUUUUCAGCUAGUGUCCAUGAUGGUCUUCAGAUAGCGUCUGGAUCGAGAUAAGAGGUGAAUACCCGUAAAACAUGUUCAAGUACUUGAAAAAUAAUAGUUAUUAAUGAAUAGUAUUUAUGUUGUAUUCAUUGUAUUUAUAAUUAUUUUUAGUGGACAUUUUUCUGAAUUGGCCUUGAUUACUGUGCUUCCGUAA